AUGAACACUCGACGACUCCUCCGUUAUUCCACGAGCGUCCAUGGAUCGGCUUUCCGUGUUUGUACCACAGAGCCACAUACAUAUUCUGCUCUCCCAUACAUUUCACUGGACUCGGUGGGAACGGUGAACCGAUGGGCUGGAACGCCCACGUGUCUUCUUUCGGUGGUGGAUUGGGUUUCGGCGCCAUCAGAUGUUGAUAACGUCGAUCGUUGGGUUAUAAAAUUCCAAGAUGAGGCUAUUCUGCUGAUUCGCCCAGCUUAUAUGCACAAAGAUAACGAUCUGACCGGGUUAAUUGGGGAGAAAAAAAAGAGGGCUAGGUCACAUUGGGGAAUGAAACGUGAGGGGUGUGUGUUGGAUUAUGCUAUGCAAGAUGUGGAUAAAAAAGUAAAAAAUGGAACAGAAUAA